AUGGGUGUAUAUUUCAAGCGGAAUAUCACUGUUGAGGACAAUGCUGUCACAUCAGCAAUUCAUUUGACUCUACGACAGUCUCUACUCCCGAAUGCAUUAGUUAUGAUCCUCUUCUUUCUUUGGGGAUUCGCGUACGGACUGCUGGAUGUUCUGAACUCCCAUUUCCAAACAACCCUCAAUAUCACUGCUAGCAAGUCCAGUGGCCUACAGGCCUCAUACUUUGGUGCCUACUUCAUUUGCCCACUAACCAUAUCCGGCUGGAUCGCCCGCAAGUAUGGAUUCCGAGUUACCUUCAUGACCGGCCUCGCCGUUCUAGCUGUUGGGUGCCUUCUCUUCUGGCCUAGCGGCGUGAAAAAGUCAUUUGGUGGAUUUUGCGGUAGCAUGUUUGUUGUUGGUGCUGGGUUAUCCACCUUAGAGACUGCUGCUGACCCCUUCCUCUCGAUCUGCGGACCUCCAAAAUAUAGCGAGAUCCGUCUGAACCUAGGCCAAGCUGUCCAGGGAGUGGGGACUUUUGUUGCCCCUCUCCUGGCCUCUCGUGUCUUCUUUGCAAACACCGUGGAUGACAAUGCCGGACUGAAGAAUGUGCAAUGGACAUACCUCGGGGUGGCCUGCUUUGUCGCUCUGCUUAUUAUUCUCUUCUGGCUCGCUCCCUUCCCUGAGAUCACAGAUGCGGAUCAGGAAGCACUGGAAGCGCAGAUCUCCGAACAUGGCGAAGACACCGGCCCGUUCAAAAAGCAAUAUAAUCUGUUCUUCGGUGUGUGGAGCCAGUUCUGCUAUGUGGGAGCACAAGUGGCUGUGGCUGGUUAUUUUAUCAACUUUUGCAAAGAAGCUGGCAAAACCUCUGCAGAAUCAUCCGACUUGCUUGCCAUUGCGCAGGGUCUGUACGCUUUCAACCGAUUUGUGGCCACGGGCUUGAUGAUGAUGAAAGCUUUCAAACCCCGAUAUAUGCUGACAGUGUACUUAAUCCUCUGCUGCGUCUUCUCGGUGGCCGCCAUGACCACAAAGGGCUAUACUUCAGUAGCGAUGAUUAUCCUUGUCUUGUGUUUUGAGUCGUGUUGCUUUGCAACCAUUUUCUCUCUAGCUCUUCGUGGCCUUGGUCGUCACACUAAGCGUGGUGGCUCUCUGCUUGUUGCGGCCAUCUCAGGUGGCAUGGUCUUUCCUCCUAUGAUGGGAGCUAUUGUGACAAACAAGAAUGCUCACAUUGCCAUGGCAAUCCCAAUGAUGGGCUUCGUUCUCGCAUUGGCUUUUCCCGUUUACGUGAACGUCUUCAAUAAACAUGUCAUGGAUAGUCACCGGGACACUGAGCUUAAUGUUACAAUUUCCGUGGGGAAGGAUAUUGCUCUAGAGGAGGGUCCUCAAACACCCGGCGAGGAAUUCUUUCAGAAUACAUCGCAACGAUGGAUAUUUAAUGAGAGCGACCGUUUAAGCGAACGAUAUGUCAAGUUUAGACCAACAGAGCUACAACGGAUUGCCGGCGAAGCAGUACAACAAGGCUAUUGCCCUGAUAUUGCUAAACUUGCAGAGGGAGGCUUCAACAAAGUGUUUCUUCUGCGAGCAAAGAAUGGCCGUGAAGUGAUCGCACGGAUUCCUACUCCCAUUGCCGGGCCUCGUCAUUAUACAACCGCCAGUGAGGUGGCAACGAUGAAGUUUUUGCGGACUGUCCUUAAGCUGCCGGUACCGGAGAUCUUGGCAUAUUCAACAUUAUCGGACAAUUCUAUCGGCGCAAAGUAUAUUCUGAUGGAGCGAGUGGAGGGAGAGAGUCUUUCCUCACGGUGGUUAUCCGUCACGACCGACGAGGUAAAAGGCGUCAUGACACAAAUUGCAGAUAUGGAGAGAAAGAUUUUUGACUUCAAUUUUCCUGCGUAUGGAAGCCUAUAUCACAAAAAGGACCUCGAAGACAGCGAAACCCGGGUACCAAUCGUGGACGAUUUCUGUAUCGGCCCUAUGUCUGCGCGGCAGUUUUGGCAUGGUGAACGAAGUAAAACAGAAAUUGACCGUGGACCCGAGGCCAACCUCUAUUACACAGCUGCGACAGGUGUACACAAUGACAAACACAUGGAUAUGUUGAAAACUCCUUAUCUCGGAAUGCGACAGUAUGUCCUCCGCCAAACAGAGUAUCCUUGGGACGCAGACGUAAUUACCUUACGUGCUGCACUAGAAUGGAACGAGUCUGAACAGCUAUUGUCCCAGGUUAGAGAACACCUCGAUAUCGACCUGGAAGGUGGUACCGAGCCAGAGAACUUUGAGAGGGCAAUGAAGUUCAAUCAACAGUUCCGUAAUGAAAUGGUUCGGCAGGCAGAGGAGGGCCAGCAGGAGACCUGUUGGCGUAAUUGGCCGUAUAAGGAUGACGAUGAUGACAGCAUGCCUCCUUCCGGGGAUAUCUAG